AACGAGAAUGUUAUACAAUAUAAAGUAUAUGAAAAAAUUUUUCAUUGUUAAUUGUUUUUUAUACUUAAAUUAAAAAAUAUCAUGAAAAAAACUGUAUUAAAACGUAAAACAUACAAUCAAUAUAUUGAUAAUAUCAGAAAUGGUUAUCAAUCUAAAGAUAUUGAACACAAAAUUGUUGAUUUAAGAAAUAAAUUAAAAAAUGUAAUUGACACAAAUACUAUAUUUUGUAGUUUUGAAUUUAUGCGUGUGGAAAACAAUGAUUUUUAUAAAAGCUUUUUUAUGGAAAUGAAUAAAUAUCAUCCACUUUUUUAUGCACUAACAUGGAAACAUAUGAAAAAUGAAAUAAAAAACUAUUUAUCUUCAGAUAUAUGUAAUAUAUUUUCCAAUAAUAUACUUUUACAUCUUACAUCUAACAACUUAACUCGUAAUGAUGUAAAAAUUAUACUAAAAAAAACAUUAGAUCGCGGUAUACGCAAUAUUUUUGUAUUAAAGGGUGAUUCAUCAAAUACAAAUAGUGAGUUUCCAUAUGCAGUUGAUUUAGUACGUUUCAUAAGAAAUCAAUUUGGUGAAAUAUUUUCCAUUUGUGUUGCUGGUUAUCCAGAAAUGCAUCCAAAAUCAUUAUCUAAAGAAAUGGAUUUAAUUUAUUUGAAAGAAAAAGUUGAUGCAGGAGCAGAUUUUAUAAUAACACAAAUUUUCUUUGAAGCAAACAUAUUUAUUAAAUUUGUGAAUGAUUGUAAACAAAUUGGAAUUAAUGUUCCAAUUAUACCAGGUAUAUUUCCAAUUCCAAAUUAUACAAGUUUUCAAAAAAUGGCAAAAAUUUGUAAUGUUAAAAUACCUCAAAUUAUUUUAAAUGAUUUGCAAUGUAUAAAAGAUAAUGAUGAAGAAGUACGUAUUUAUGGAAUAGAAUUAUUAAAAACUAUUAUAAAAGAUAUUAUUGCAAGUAGAACUACUUGUGGUUUCCAUUUUUUCACAUUGAAUAAACCAUCGUUAUCAUCAGAGAUAUGUGAUAAACUUGGCAUUUUUUAUUAAUUUGGCAUUUUUUAUGAAAUUCAAAUGAUUAAAUAAUUAUAUUAUAAAGAUGAAAAAUUAUAAAUGUCAAAAUUUAUAUAUGUAUAUAAUAUUGUUAAAAAAUGUUAGUAGCUUUCUUUAUAUAUAUGUGAUACAUUUAAAUAUACUUAUAUUUCGCGCCAAAUUUAACAUGGAUUACCAAUUAUCAAAAUUCCCUAUACUGAAACAAUAUUAAAAUAUUUAAUUUAUUGUAAAAAUAACAUUGAAAUCUUUAUUAAAAUUUAUUAUGCAUUC